GAAGAUCUGGAGAGGUUCUUGCUUCAACAGUGAUUGAACGGAACUUCGAUCUUGCUUGGAUUUAUUUGAGAUCUAUUUAUUUAUUUAUUUAUUUAAUAAAAUAUUUAUAUAGUAAAACCUGCCGAAAUGGAGACUUCUCAGAUUCGCCAGAACUACGACCGCGACUGCGAGGCUGCGAUCAACAAGAUGAUCAAUCUGGAGCUUUACGCUGGAUACACCUACACCUCCAUGGCUCACUACUUCAAACGGGACGAUGUGGCUCUUCCUGGAUUUGCCAAGUUCUUCAAUAAGAACAGUGAGGAGGAGCGUGAACAUGCUGAGAAAUUCAUGGAGUUCCAGAACAAGAGAGGUGGACGCAUUGUCCUUCAGGACAUCAAGAAGCCUGAUCGUGAUGUGUGGGGAAAUGGACUGAUUGCUAUGCAGUGUGCUCUUCAGCUGGAGAAGAACGUCAACCAGGCUCUGCUGGACCUGCAUAAGCUUGCCAGUGAGAUGGGAGACCCUCAUCUGUGUGAUUUCCUGGAGACUCACUACCUGAAUGAGCAGGUUGAGGCCAUCAAGAAGCUUGGUGACCACAUCACUAACCUCUCCAAGAUGGAUGCUGGAAACAACAGGAUGGCGGAGUACCUGUUUGACAAGCACACCCUGGACAGCUAAACACAAACCUCUGAAAUGAAGUUGAAGAAAUUAUUUGAUUACUUCUAAAAUUCAAUAAUAAAAUGUUUGAUGUGCUCACUGGUGAAUUUGAAGAAUAAACAUUUUG